AAAUAGGGCGGCUACACAUGAGUCAUGACAUCUUUUUAUCUGCUUGGUGGUAGCUUACUCCACUAGUAUAAAUAUACAUUCUAGGGUUAGGUUAUGGUGUCAACCCACUCAAACCUGUCUUUUUCUCAAGCUCUCCACACCAUUCUUGAAACCAUCUUCUGGGUUUUGAUCAAUAAAUUGAUCGGAAAACUUAGCUUCCUCUUUGAAGAGAAAUAGGGUUACAGAAUCAUGAAGAAGCGGCAAGUAGUCGUCAGAAGGGAUGGAUCUAGCAAAAGUACCAGUACUUCGGUUUAUAGGAGCGUGCGAUAUGCAGAGUGUCAGAAAAACCAUGCAGCAAACAUCGGAGGAUACGCUGUGGAUGGUUGUAGAGAAUUCAUGGCAAGCGGGGAGGAAGGGACCAAUGGGGUGCUAACGUGCGCUGCUUGUGGCUGCCAUAGGAAUUUCCACAGAAGGGAAGUGGAAACUGAGGUAGUUUGUGAUUCUUCUGCCUAGCAUAAAUUCAUGUUUGACAGAGUUAUUUGUGUGUGGGAAUUGGGAAAUGGGAAUUUGAUUUUUAUAGUUUUUUAGUUUUGUGGUUGGGAUUGUUGUACAUGUACAGUGAUUGCACAAAAAUAAUUUCCUCCAAAUAAAUAAAUAAAUAUGAAUCUUGUAAUUUAAAAAAACAAAAACAAAAAUUAAAGACAUCGAAAGUAAAUUAAUUUCAAGGGUUGUUGUCUGAGGGCAAGAGUAGGCUUUCUCCCUUAUCUUUUUUAUACUUGAUUUUGUAAUUUAAAGCGGAUUGAAGCUUUGUGAAAGGCGCCUGGGCGCAAUAGGGAAGUUGAAGAAAUAAUAUUUACUCAUAUUUCUCAAGGUUAACUUUAUUGUUGAGGAUCUGAAGGAAGGGUAUGAGAAUUGAGAAGAAAAAAUCUUCAUUGGUUAUGUAAGAUUCUUGAUCAAGUAGUAAUUUGAAUUGUAUGAAGUAUGAGCAUCUUUGUUA